GGGUCCAACCACUGCCCCAUCUAUCUCUUGCGACUUUGAGAGCCAGGACAUUUGUGGCUACCAACAGCUGACCAAUGAUGUCUUUGACUGGACUUGGGCAACCGGCAACACCGGAACCACCAAUACUGGCCCAGAUGAUGACCACUCCCUGGGAACAGGUUUUGGUCACUACAUGUACAUUGAGACCUCCAGUCCUCGGGUACCAGGAGAUGCAGCCAUACUCGCUUCUCCAGAAUUCCCCAUGACCAAUCAGCAGCACUGCCUACAGUUCUACUAUCACAUGUACGGACAGAACAUCGGUACGCUGAAUGUGUUCAUCCAGAUGGGCAGCACCCUAGGCUCCGCUGUGUGGACACUGACAGGUGAUCAGGGCAACCAGUGGAGCCCCGCAGAGGUCACCUUCAAUGCUAACAAUGCUUUCAAGGUUGUCUUUGAGGGUGUGAGAGGACAAAGCUUCCGAGGAGACAUUGCCAUCGAUGAUGUCACAUGGAGGGAUGGGGUAUGCUCUUCCACAGGGUCAGAUCCAGGUGACUGUGACUUUGAGUACGGACCCUGUACUUGGAGCAACACUCAGACAGGUGAUGACUUUGACUGGACUGAAGGUCAGGGGUCAACAGGCACAUCAGGGACAGGCCCCACAGCUGACCACACUACUGGAAAUGACCAGGGCACCUACAUGUUCACGGAGACGUCCAGCCCCCGGCAGCCGGGUGACCGCGCUCGCUGGGUCAGUCAGCAGUUCAGGGCCGGCCAGCACUGUCUGGACUUCUGGUACCACAUGAGUGGGGUAGAGACAGGAACACUGCGUGUGAUUGUUCAGGAGAUGGAUGGCACAGAGACAACAGUAUGGCAGCUGUCAGGAAACAAGAGUCCCAAUUGGCUUAACGGCAAAAUUGGAAUCACAGGUGGCAACAGACACAGGGUUAUCAUCGAGGGGGUACGUGGAAAUGGUUUCCGUGGUGACAUCUCCAUAGAUGACCUGGACUUCCUGACAGAAUCUUGCGGCAUUCAACCACCAGAUGCUGUUCCACAAGUGACCACUCCCACUGUCCCCACUAUGACUACCUCCCCUACCAUCACCGGGCCAACACCAGGUCCUGGUACUUUUGACUGUGACUUUGAGACAGACAUUUGUGGCUGGACGCAGGCUGGAGACGAUGACUUUGACUGGACCAGAAACCUUGGAACAACCGGCAGCACUCAGACUGGACCCUCUACAGACCACACUACUGGGACUGGGUACUACAUCUAUAUCGAGACAUCCGGCCAAUCACUGAACCAGACUGCCCGUGUGCUGAGCCCUCAGCUGCCAGGCUCCGGCCAGCGCUGCCUGACAUUCUACUACCACAUGUACGGCCAGCACGUGAACAUGCUGAACGUGUACUUCAUGAGGAGAGGCCAGCUGGGGCAGCCUGUGUGGAGCAAGCAGGGCACGCAGGGCGACCAGUGGUGGGCGGGGCAGGUCAACCUGCCAAUCAACCCAGGAGAUGUGGUGGAUCAGGUGGCAUUUGAAGGGGUCCGAGGCACCAGCUUCAGAGGGGACAUUGCAUUGGACGACAUCCAGCUGACACAAGGGCCAUGCAAUCCUCUGCCAACUGUACCCCCAAGUGCAUCCCCCUUGCCUCCCACUGGUGACACCUGCACCUUCGAGGAUCCUGCCAUCUGUGGCUACACUCAGGAUGACAGUGACGACUUUGACUGGACACGUCUGAGUGGCAACACUCCCACCACCAAUAGUGGACCUACUAAUGACCACACCCUUAACACUCCAGCGGGUUACUACAUGUACACUGAGAUGUCCAGCCCACGCGCUCCCGGCGAUAUCGCCCGCCUGUUGUCCCCCGUCUACGCAGCUGGCUCUGCACGCUGUGUGGAGUUCUACUACCACAUGUUCGGACCAGACAUCGGCACGCUGAAGCUGGAACUCCUGGUGGCAGGGCAGACAAGAGUUCCCCUGUGGAGCCUGUCAGAUGACCAAGGGGACCAAUGGGUCAUCAACCAGGUCACCAUAAAUCCCACAGACUCUUAUCAGCUCGUGUUUGAGGCCAUCCGUGGAGCUAGCUUUCGGGGAGAUAUUGCCAUUGAUGAUGUCACCAUCAGAGAUGGAAGCUGCGGAGGCGGGGGUGGAGGUAACUGUGACUUUGAGAAUGGAUUAUGUACCUGGACAAAUGAGCUCAAUGAUGAUGAGUUUGACUGGGUCCAGGGAACUGGGGACACUCCAACUCAGAACACUGGUCCUUCAACUGACCACACCACUGGCACUGGGCAGGGUACCUACAUGUUUUUGGAGACUUCUGCCCCCCGUCAGCCAGACGACAGAGCUAAGUUGGUCAGUGAGGUCUUCCCUGCCACCAGCAGCAAUGGGCAAUGUCUCAGGUUCUGGUACCACAUGUAUGGCAACAGCAUUGGUAGGCUAACCGUGUGGGUCAUGGUUGGAGGCAACAUCCGUUCUAUCUGGGAGCUGUCUGGAGACCAGGGCAACGGUUGGAACAACGGACAGGUCAACAUAAGGAGUAGUGACAGCUACAGGGUUAUCUUUGAGGGUGUUCGUGGUAACUCCUUCCAAGGAGACAUCUCCCUUGAUGACAUAACCUUCAGCACAGGACCAUGUGGUGUGAUGCCCCCAGAGGCACGACCACAAGGUCCAACCACACAGAACCCAAUAGGACCUGUGACUACUACAACUCCUGGCCCAUCUCAAGCACCAUUGAACUAA